AUGGCAAGCAAAGGAGCCGCCCGUGUCCGUAAGAAGGAGAUUGUGAAGGUGGUACACGGAGCACUUCUUCGCACUAAUAUCAAAGCACAAAUGGCAUCAGCUGCGCCUCCACUAGGCCCUCAACUAGGUCAGCGAGGUUUAAACGUGGCGAAUUUCUGUAAAGAAUUCAAUAAAGAAACGGGACACUUCAAGCAGGGAGUUCCACUUCCCACACGAAUAACUGUUAAACCAGAUCGAACGUAUGAUCUGGAAAUUUGUACCCCGACGACUACAUGGAUGCUGAAACAGGCAGCUGGAAUUGGAAGGGGAAAAUCUAGUAAAGACGAAAUCGUUGGAAAAUUAACUGUGAAGCAUCUGUACGAAAUCGCGAAAGUGAAAUCUCGUGAUAAGGCUCUUCAACACGUCGAGUUGGAACAUAUCUGUCGAAUGCUAAUCAAAACAUGCAGAACAUUGGGAAUUGAAGUACAAUAUCAUGAUUUGAAUCCGGAUGAAUUGAAGGAAUUCCUAGUGGCGAGAAAAGAAAAAGUGGAUGCUCAAUUAAAGGAACUAGCUGAUAAAAAGGCAGCGAAAAUGCUCAGAACUACAUAA